AUGGGAUCUCUCGACGAAACAUGCGCUUCUUUGCGCGCCCAGAUCACCGCGACAGAAGCACAGCUUGCUGGGCUCAAAUGCGAACUUGCGAACGCCGAACAAGCGGCGCAAUCGGAGACCGCAACGACUGUGCAAAUCCAGCAUGAGGACCAGAAUGGUGAAGGAAAACGAUGGCCGUUGCUUCAGGAGGAAUAUAAGCGAUAUGGACGCCAGAUGAUUGUUUCGCAAGUUGGUCUGAAAGGUCAGCUGAAACUCCGAUCGGCCAAGGUUCUGCUUGUUGGAGCUGGAGGACUGGGAUGUCCAGCUGCGCAGUAUCUUGCUGGUGCUGGCGUUGGCACUAUUGGGCUCAUCGAUGGGGAUACUGUGGAAGCUUCGAAUCUCCAUCGCCAAGUGCUACACCGAACGAAGAAUGUGGGGAAAUACAAGGUGGACAGUGCAAUCGAGUCUUUGCGAGAACUGAAUCCGCAUCCCACGUAUAUUGCCCAUCGCACACAUCUUACGCCCGAGGCAGCACCGGCGAUCUUCCAGGGCUAUGAUCUCAUUCUCGAUUGUACCGAUAACCCGGCGACCCGUUACCUUAUCUCGGACACUGCAGUACUCCUUGGAAAACCAUUGGUCUCUGCGUCCGCCCUGCGGACUGAGGGCCAGCUGAUGGUGUUGAACAACCCACCCCGAGCGCCGGGCGACAAGGCUGGAGGGCCGUGCUAUCGGUGUGUGUUCCCGAAACCACCACCGGCUGAUAGCGUGGUCAGUUGUGCGGAUGGAGGUAUUCUGGGCCCGGUUGUUGGGACGAUGGGCGUGUUGCAGGCUUUGGAGGCGAUCAAGGUCAUCACUGCACCUGAGAUUGAUGGAGGUUCCGAUGUGGCCACAGCUCGUCCACGGGAUCCCCCGUCUCUGCAUAUCUUCUCUGCCUACUCAUCGCCCCUAGUCCGCACAAUCCGUCUUCGUUCGCGCCGGGCCAAUUGUGCUGUUUGCUCUGCCGAGGCAACUGUCACACUGGAUACAAUCAAAUCAGGGUCAAUGGACUAUGUUUUCUUUUGUGGAUCCACAAACUUACCCUCGCUACUUGGUCCCGAGGAACGUAUCUCUGCUCGAGAAUACAAUCAAAGACACCCAAUUGUCACGUCUGAUUCGCCACAGCUCCACACGAUAAUUGACGUCCGAGAUGAAGCUCAGUUUGGAAUCUGCAGUCUGGAGAAUAGCAUCAACAUUCCUAUCUCAAACAUCCUUUCCUCGGGUUACUCUGCUGGGUUACAUGGUGCAGAUAAUGGCCAACAAGCUGCACAAGUACCUUCUUGGUUGCCGUCCGAGGUUGCCUCGUCAGAGUCUACGAACCCAAUCUACGUCGUCUGCCGUCUAGGAAACGACUCGCAGAUUGCCGUCAAAAAAAUGAAAGAGCUAGGACUAGAUCAGCAUGGGAAGAGAUUCAUUGGUGACAUUCGCGGGGGACUACGAUCAUGGAAAGAACAAGUCGAUUCCUCGUGGCCCGAAUACUAA